UAAUCAUGUGAAAAGAUGUGUUUAGUUGAUAAAAGUGCUGCAUACAAGCAAUGACAAAUCGCCCAAAAGACAAAAGUACUCACUUCGUUAUUGGCUCAAGGAACAAAAAUUGACGAUUUCAAAACAUAGCAAGGAUCCCAUGAUGACCUUGUGAGAAAUCCAGCUAAACAUUGCUUUCGUUUUUUAACUCCUUAUGUUAAGUUAAUCAACCGUCUUCUUGCACUGAAGGGUGCAAAACUGACGAAGUGCGUAUAUGUAUUAUUACACUUCCCCAUACUUAAUCAUAACCAGAACACAUAAUUUGUCUCAACUCAGUCAGUCUCUUUGAUCAUCCAUUUUUUCGAUGCAUCUUUUUCUUCCAAGUUGUAUUCUUCAUUUGCUCAGACAAGCUUAAAAAUGAAUUGGUGCCCUUUUGUUAUGAGAUUGCAAAUGCAUCGUCGAGUCAGAGUCAGUUUUAUAUAAAUGCUGACUCAGGUAUAGUGCAUCUUGUUUGUCUUUUGUGUUGAAGGGCGAUUUUCGGAUUUUGCUACAUUUUCCCAUGUUCUGACGGGAUAUUUUUGGACCCUCCAAUGCCUCCAAGAUGAAGGCUCCAAAAACAUUGUUUGCCCCAACACUUGGCCAUCGUCUUGAGUCUGCUUUGGCACACCCCUUUCUACUCUGAGGGCCAAAAACAAACGGCCCAUUACAUAGCACUCAAACGUCGAUUUCCUGUUUGGGGAGGUGCUUUCCUUUAUAGUUCCUCAUUUCCUCUGGUUUUUCCCUGCUUCCAUAGAGUUCCAGUUCCUCGUCAGAAUAUUUCCCGCCAGCUGAGUUCAGUACACUUCCUUGCUGCGCGAGCAAGGCCGACGACCUUCGUUGCCGUCUGGGCAAGGCCACUGGGCCUUUAAGACGGGAGGAAGAAUGUGAGCGUCUUCUCCGCAGGAUAAGGUCGGACUUUUUUCUAACCAUUAUCCGGAUGAUCCCUCCCUGUGCGAUUACGUGGACAAUACUCUCAGGCCUGCACUCUAGCACUGCUUGAUGGCUCUAAUGAGGCGCGCAAGAAUUUUGCAGACUAACGUUAUCUCAAGGCCGAGGUUGUUGAUUUAAAGAGCAAUUGGCGAGAACACCGAGGACAUCUUCAUCGGGGGCAUUUCUCAGAAUCAAGGAUUUAACCAACUAGCACAUUCUUCCUUUGAUUUCCAGCUCGAGAAUUCAAUGAAUCUCCUUCCCAAGCUGAGAAACGAGCUACCAAUGUGGGUUGGGUUCGAGCUUGGAACUCCAUAGGAGAAGGAAGAAGUGAGUGGGUGAGGGAAGGAGGAGGAGGAGGUGGAGGAUAGAGGCCAAUUUUCCUCCGUUCAUGUCAAGCCGACCUCGUUGGAUGGCAACAGCAGACCACACCACUCCUUGCACAUCCACAAGCUCGCACAACGGACUGCAAACCGAGGCUGCGAGAGGGAGAGAAAGAGAGAAAGAGAGAACGAAAGAAAGAAAGAAAGAGUGGGAGAGAACGAGGAAUGGGAACUGGAAGUGGAACCAGGGUUUGGGACACGCACACUCCUCUCCUUCUCGCUCUCUCUUCCCUCUUCCCUCUUCUUUUCUGUCUCACUUUCUUCUCUUGUACUGUCUGUGACUUAUUCCACACAUAUACAUACGUACACCCAUUGCGGGGCCUCUUGUUGUGGCGGAUCAGUGGUGGAGAUCAUCAAAUAUUUUCUCGGUGCUAGUUCCUUGGAAUUGGGAAGGUCAUCUUUUCGGUGACCGAGGAGAAACCGUUCCUCCCACAAUAAAAUUCAUGAACUCAUACUGCCAAGGGAGACAGGUGUCUUGGGUUUGAGUUUCGACCACUGUGAUAGACGUCAACAUGAAACGCAAUCGGAUGGAGGUGACCCGAGUGAAUGUGGCUGAGGCUCAUCAUCCCAAAGAUGAGGCUGGAUCUCCGGCCUCCUUGGGCAAUGCCAUCACUCCCAAGUUAAAUUUGAGUGCAGUUCGAAACGAAUUGGAGUUCUUGGAAACGAUUGAUGAGGCAGGGCACAUCUAUUACGACCCGGGAUACAUUCAAAACGCCAUCAGGCGCUAUGAAACCUUCUGGAUUCCAUUCAUCAAAGAGCAUUCCGGAGAUACCGUGGCCAAAGACUUGAAUGUGGCCCCACCUUUGGAUGUCCAUUGGGUUUGGCAUUGCCACAUGCUUUGUCCAACCAAGUACAAAACUGACCUUGAGAGAACGCAACUAGGGCGGUUCAUUCAUCAUCAACCCUUGGACUCGAUCACCUUACAGACACUAAGAAACCACACCCAAAAAUUGUGGGAGCGACAGUUUCCAAAGGAACCCUUCGACUUCCUCUCGGUCGAUCCUUUGAAGGUGCCAGAGGGGGUGCCCUUCGAAACCAACUUCAGCUACGAUAUCCUAGCAGCUGCCCUCAGACAAAGAUCUUUCUUCUAUCAAGUAUCAUUGCCUCAUUACCGUCUCAAGAGCUUCAUAGGAAAGAACUUCAUGCGCUAUCAAAUGUACCUCAAACUCAAGCAGAGAAACCCAAACACGUUCCUUGUCCCAUGUUAUGACAUCGACAUCAUUUGGCACACGCACCAAGUGAUACCGGCCGAUUAUCAAAACGACACCAUUACCAUCCUCGGCUCCAUUUUACCCCACGAUGACUCGGUUAACGAUCGUAGUCCUGGAUCCAAACUCAACAAUGCAGAUACGGAAACCAGAACUCUCUGGAGAGAUAAUUUCGGUAUGGACUUUGCCCAGCCAGGAGCGAUGUAUCGAGGACCGACAGCCAAAGGACGAUUACUGUCUUUGACCCAAGAGUUCCAGAGGUCUCUACAUACAGGCACAAUGGAUGUCAUAAUUUUCCAUUCUUUCGAAUUCGAGGCCGAGAAAGAUCUGAAAGCCUCGGAAAAGUACGAGUACAUUCUUCGAGUAUUCACGCUGAAAAGUGAUCUGGGAGGAAAGUGCGAACGUCGGAGGAAAUAUGCCAUGAAAUUGAAAGGAGAGCGGACAGAGUCCAAUGUGAUCAAAUUUGUUAAUCCAGCGGAGUGUCUUACCAUCCCCGAAGGCUGUGACGGGGAAAUCGAGUUCGAGGUCGAGCGCCGCUCCAAGACGCAAAAACCCUCCAUCUUCUCUUGCUUGGGAUUCUCCACCCAAGACAAGUCCAUUGGGGAAUCCAGAAAGACGCUAAUAUGUAAGGACUUGAAAGUGGGAGACAAUCCGGUGAAAAAAUCGCUUUACCCAGGUGGGAUCCUCACUGGGUUUGUGGUCCGAAAAAGCGACACGCACCAAGAUAUGAUGAAGAAGCUCUACAUCGCCGAGGGCAGCUACUACGAUUGUGUGAUCCCCGAGAAUAUCGAGAACAUGUGGGGACCAAUUCCAUUAGAAAGAUUACCAGAGGGUGUCGACAAUCACUGCAAAGCUGUCACACACGGGAUUUACGAUCCCAAUGGCCUGAAAAUGUUUUCGGUCUAUUUGAUUCAUUCCUUGCCGCUGGAGAUGUCUGCCAUUCAAGUAUUCGUCGGCGAUAAAAUGGCCACGGUGGCCCAUCUGGUGGGUCCAGAUACCCUCGGGACCGACGAAACCAGAUUAGGACUUGCGGAAGAUCUGAGGAAUAAGCCCUACCGAGCAAUGCUGAUCAAAGACAACGAUGGGGAUUGGGGUAUUUGCACUGCCGCUUGGCUUGGAAUGAAGGCUGGAACUCCGGGAAUUCCUGCCUCCAGAGGACGAAGAGGCGUCCCAGGGGUUCCAGGGAAGCCUGGAUAUUUCAAGAUGUACUUCUUUAACCUGAGAACUAAAGAGCACAAAAGCAUCGUGUUUCCGGAGAAUUUCACCGCGGUUUCAGGACACAAAUACAGAUUCACCCUUCCAAACCUCUUCGUGGACCUCGAGAAAGGGUCCAUGGUUAUCACACCGCCCAAUCACAUUACCAGUACCAGCGCCGUCCCCAAUGGACAUCAUGGGAAAGCUGCGGCCAAAGAGCCCGCCACUCCCAAGCCGUAUGAAAUGGCUCAACAAGUCACUUUGGCGUUCGCCACAUCACUCCUCUAUCUCAUGGUCCAACCUCACCCUGCCAAUUUCGAAGACGAAGACUCCAAAAAGAUCAUCAUGACUGCCAACGAUGGAGUCAGAAUCCGCCCCAUGUUCCUCGAGUGCGCUCAACUGGCAUUUCUCACCUACUGCGGUUGGAAAUUUCGAAAUGAAAUCCCCACCAACAGCACUUUGAAGAACGUCUGUGGCCAAGGGGCGGCUGCCGGCUGCAUGGCCGAUAUUAGUAUUGUGGGCGGGGCCUUGAUCAUGGCCGAUGCUUCUAUGGGAGGCCAAGUUGGUUGUGACGUGGGCGGUUGUGGAGGCUGUGGGGGUUGCGGGAGUGGUGGCCUAGGCGCUGCAGGUGGUAACGGGUUCUUUGAUGGCGGUGGAUAUGCUGGCAUGGAAGGUGGAGGCUGGUCGGAAUGGGCCGGAGGCGGGGGAGGAUCUUUUGGUGAUGGCGAUGGAGGUGAUGGAGGAGGAGAUGGGGGUGGAGGUGGAUGCGGAGGUUGUGGAGGCUGUGGAGGCUGA